GAGCCCCCGGAGGGGAUGGAGUUCGUCGCCCUCACCGCCGUGCAGACGGAGGACAGCCCGGCUCCCGCCGCCGGGGGCAGCCCCCGCCGCCUGGGGCUGCUGGGGACCCCCUUGCCCCUGCCCCCGGGGGGCUCCGCCGCCCGCUCGGCGGCGCACAAGCGCUACCGCCGCCUCCAGAACUGCCUCUACAACGUGCUGGAGAGACCCCGCGGCUGGGCGUUCAUCUAUCACGCCUUCAUAUUUCUGCUGGUCUUCAGUUGUCUGGUCCUGUCUGUGUUUUCAACCAUCCCAGAACAUCAAAAAUUCGCCAACCAAUGUCUCUUCAUCCUGGAAUUUGUCAUGAUUGUGGUUUUCGGGAUGGAAUACAUUGUGCGGGUCUGGUCGGCAGGCUGCUGCUGCCGUUACCGGGGAUGGCAGGGCCGCUUUCGAUUCGCCAGGAAACCCUUCUGUGUCAUAGAUUUCAUCGUCUUUAUCGCCUCGCUGGGUAUCAUUGCUGCCGGCACCCAAGGGAACAUCUUUGCCACCUCGGCCCUGCGCAGCAUGCGCUUCCUGCAGAUCUUGCGCAUGGUCCGCAUGGACCGCCGCGGCGGCACGUGGAAGCUUCUGGGCUCGGUGGUCUAUGCUCACAGCAAGGAGCUGAUCACAGCCUGGUACAUCGGUUUUUUGGUCCUGAUCUUUGCAUCUUUUCUUGUCUACCUGGUGGAGAAAGAUUCUAACUCGGAGUUUGCCACCUAUGCAGACUCUCUGUGGUGGGGUACGAUCACGCUCACGACUAUUGGCUACGGAGACAAGACCCCCCAAUCGUGGCUGGGCCGGGUGCUGGCAGCCUGCUUUGCACUUCUGGGUAUCUCCUUCUUUGCGCUGCCUGCUGGGAUUCUGGGCUCAGGGUUUGCUCUUAAAGUCCAAGAGCAACAUCGGCAGAAGCAUUUCGAGAAGAGACGGACGCCAGCGGCCAACUUGAUCCAGGCUGCAUGGCGCCUCUACUCGACGGAUAUCACCCGGGCCUACCUGACAGCCACCUGGUGCUAUUAUGACAGCAUACUCCCAUCAUUCAGAGAACUGGUUCUUAUGUUUGAGCACAUGCACCGAGCUCGCAACGGAGGGCUCAGGAACUCUGAGGUGAGGAAAUUCCCCGACGGAGCUCCGCCGCCGUAUCACUCCUUCACCUCUGGCACGAAAACCGCCAGUCCUCCUUUUUGCCCGGGGGAAAGCUGGAAAGAAGAGGACGCUCAACCCCACAAGUGUUUACGCCUAAGCCAGCUCUUUAGUAGUAAGCGGAAUUUCUUUCGGAUUCACACCGGCUGGAAACAGAGCAAUAAAAUGGGCAUCAAGGACCGCAUCCGCCUGAACAGUUCCCAGAGGCAGGGCAGCCGGGGGAAGCAUCAGCAUCUGGCCCCACCUCUCCACCGCUCUCCCAGCACCGAGAAUGUCCACGAGGCCGUUAGCACCACCAAGGUGCAGAAGAGCUGGAGUUUCAAUGACAGGACAAGGUUCCGGGCCUCAUUGAGGCUGAAGCCCCGGACCCCAGUGGAGGUCGAUGGCCCCACCGAGGAUAGUAACGAGGAGAAGGGCUAUCAGUGUGACUUGACCUUUGAGGACAUCAUGCCUGCUGUGAAGACCUUGAUCAGGGCUGUCAGGAUUCUUAAGUUCUUGGUGGCCAAAAGGAAGUUCAAGGAGACGCUGAGGCCAUAUGACGUCAAGGAUGUUAUCGAGCAGUAUUCAGCUGGCCACUUGGACAUGCUUGGUAGGAUCAAGAGUCUCCAGACACGCGUGGAUCAGAUUGUGGGGCGGGGCACCAUCGCAGUUGAAAAGAAGACACGCGAGAAAGGGGAGAAGGCGCUGCUGGAGGUCGAGCUGGUAGACGAGCUCAGUAUGAUGGGCCGGGUCGUCAAAGUGGAGAAGCAGGUGCAGUCUAUCGAGCAUAAACUGGAUUUACUACUGGGUGUUUACUCACAGUGCUUGCGGAAGGGCUCCAUGAACUCCUUCAGCCUGGCAUCCAUGACGAUCCCUGCCGGUGACCCCGACAUAACAUCUGACUACCACAGCCCCGCGGACCAUGAGGACCUCUCCGUCUCCGCUCAGACCCUGAACAUCUCUCGCUCUGCUAGUGUCAACAUGGACUAA